AUGGCCACCGCUGGCCCCUCCCGCUCGACGGUCUACGUCUCCGGAUUCCCCUCGCAGGCAGACGAGCAGCAGCUUCUUGACGCGUUCAUUACAUUCGGCGACAUUCUGGAGAUCAGCAUUCCCAACGAGUCGUCCAACGAUGGCAAGCACCGCGGCUACGCCUUUAUCACAUUUGCCAACCCGGCCGACGCCCAGGACGCCAUCGACAACUAUGACCUGAACGAGCUGCCCGGAUACCGCGGGCAGGGCAAGUUCCUCAAGUGCUCCAUCGCCGCGCCUAACAAGUUUGGCAACGUUGCUGGCAGCGGCAACAAGUUUGACCGCGCCUUGUGGGAGAGCGAGGAGUGGCUCAAGACCAAUGCAGGUGUGGAGGACGGCACCGAGGCCGCGCCAGCAGCUGCGAACGGCGAGUAG